AGUGCGCGAGUACGUGCCAACCAUCCACGCGCUCCGUCACUUUUCGUUUCGUUUUCGUUUGCCGCCGAUGUCGAGGGAUACAGUGGGACGCUGAUCCCACUCGAUUGAGUGCCAGUCCUCCUCUUAAGGGCCACGCUCUUUUAUUCGGCCUAUCGAAAUGCAAAAUCCUGGGAACGCUGGAGAACGCAACUAGGCUCUUCCGGCUUUACUCUCUCGACCCGGUUGUUUAUCCAACGGGGCCCGUUCCCAUUCGAGCACGUGCGAUUGCGCGAGUGACAGGAGACGAGGCAUGAGGUGCUUCGUAGUGCUUAGUCCCGAAAGCCGGCCUGGAGAGCUAAUAUGAGGAUGGGGAUGAGGAUGGGGAUGAGGAUGGGGAUGAGAACGAGGACGCGGCCGAGCGACGAACUGGCACUAAUAACAGGGAUCCUGGCCGCCGCACUCCUCGUGUCAGGACAGUCGCCAAGUUGCCAAGACAGAGCAUGGGAGAAGGUCAGAGGUAUGAGGCCGGAGUAUGCGAAAACGACCCAAAUCCUGUACACCGGAGUCGAUUCUCAGGGUAUAGUCGCCAUAUGCUUCGAAAAGUGCAGGACUCUAAACUGCAGUGCAUUUAUCGUCGACCUUGAAAGGAGCGGCUGUUUCAGCGUCGAACCGGACGGCAAUGACUUUGUCCCAGAGCCAAAUGUCACUUUCUAUCAUGAGAUUUGCUUGAAAGUUCCCGAGUCCUGUAAGUAUUCAAGAUAUUGGCAAGUGGAAAGGAAUUUAGGCUCGGUAUUGCUUGAUUCAUCGGCAUAUGUUUUACCUCAACCAACCACUAGAGCCGAGUGUUAUGAAACUUGUAUUAAGAAAGGACAGAGUUGUAAAGCGGCUCAAUUUCGAACCAGCCAAGAUCUUAAAAUUACUAAUACUAUUGGAAGCUGCGCACUUUUGACAAUAGAGAGAGGAACAAAGCCCCAAACUUACAGAGCUUCCUUGUACAGAGAUGAAUAUUUGGAGUUUCAGUGCCAUAAUAUUUCAAAGACCGACUUCUGCUCUUACGCCGAAUAUCCCAACCUGACAAUGCCGUUUUCAGACUUGAAAAUCCAAGGCCUAAAUGCGAAACAGUGCGAGCGCAAGUGCGACGAGAGUAACGAUGGCUUCUUGUGUCGCGCUUACGGAAUCGACAAUUCCAACUCCAACUUAUCAACUUGCUUUCUUCAUUCGGAGGACACAAUCGGCGCCGGCGUCAGUUUCCUCGUUACCUCGACCCAUUCAUUCUACAAGGAGCGCGAGCCCUGCAUCGACAUGAGUGUACGCUGCACAAACUCGACCUUAAUAAUUGAACUGCGAACUAGCGAACCUUUCAUGGGUCGAAUGUACGCAAGCGGCUUUAGUGAAACUUGUGGUGUACAAGGACACGGUGAGAAUAUUACGAAGCUGAUCUUACCUCUUCCUAAUAAUACCAGCAACGUUGACACGGCUGUCAUGUCGUGUGGAUUAUCUCCGGCCUACUCAAUCGAUCAAGAUAAUCAAACACGGGCGGUUAUCUGGUCGACCGUCAUAGUCCAAUUCAAUCCCAUUAUCCAACGACUUGGCGAUCAAGCCGUUAGAAUCGGAUGUGUCCUAGACGAUGGAAGAGUGCCUGGACCUCAGAACGUUACCGUCUACUCGGGCUUUACUUUUGUCGACUCCAAUGCAGGUUUGCCGCCCAUAGUUUCCACUGUCAUGAAUACAUCGUCGGAGGUGCCAACAGUUACGAUGAAUAUCUUGGAUGAAUCGAUGAAUCGCGCCGACGUCACGCACAUUGGACAAAAGCUCAUUCUCAGGAUCCAGAUAUCGCCUAACAAUGGGCCCUUUGACAUAACGGCGGGACACUUAAUUGCAAGCACGAAUUCCGGGGACUCGUCACUUUUGCUGCUAGACGAAUUGGGCUGCCCAGUGACUCAGGUCUUUCCUGGUCUUGUUAAAGACCCAAUCGAUAACCGUUCCCUCAUUGCCGAAUUUAGUGCUUUCAAGUUUCCCAGCAGUCAGCACGUGCGCUUCAACGUGAUAGUGAAGUUCUGCCUAGAGACGUGCGAAACUGUAAAGUGCAACGAUAAUCAAGUGUCUCACAGGCGUAAAAGACGUUCAAUAGACAAUUCACAAGCAAUAAAGGGAAAUGUUACUGAAUUAUAUAAAUAUUCCGGCAAUAGUACAUCCGAUGAACUUCCUCUUCAAGCGUCUAUCAUUGUCCAAGAUACGAGAUCCAAUAAUCAAAAUGUAUUUUCAAAUUCUUUGAGAUCCAAAGACAAUACCUGUACGUUUAUUAUAUUCGGAUCUGAUCCCAUAGACGAUCAAUUUUGCAUGAACUCGAGCCUCGCUCUCUUCUUGAUGCAGAUUGGAUUGAUCGGCAGCUGCGUCCUUGCCGUUAGAACUUACAGACGCAUGGCGAUUCGGGCGGAGGAAGAUCGUGCGGAUAUCUUGGCGCGGCACUUGUACGGCAUCCACGGGGGCAACUUUGAGAUUUCACGGAGGGUUCGGUGGGCUGACAAUAACAGCUCAUCCCUAAGCUAAUCGAGCAUUGUACAUAAGCCACAAGUCGCUGUCUGUUCCCGUGUCAAAAGUGCUUGUAUACUUGUUGUACAUAUAUAUUGUUAUCAUUAUUACCGUUGAAACAGCCUCGA